GUCUUCAAUUUCUCAAAAUUGUUUGUGAAAUUUUUAGGUACGACGGUAAAUCGGGCUCUGUUCGACAUGGAUGCCUCGCUAUUCAAAGCGUUCACCGUUGCACUAUUGAUAUCGUUCGCAUUUUCUAUGGUACAUGGAUAUUCUUUGACCGUUUUGCACACUAACGACCAUCACGGUCGAUUCGAAGAAACGGAAACCAACGGUGGAAUUUGCUUUCCGAAAUUUGCACAAGCUGGAGAGUGUUUUGGAGGAGUGGCGAGGAGAGCCACGAUGAUAAAAAAGGUCCGAGGUGAAGAGGAAAACGUGUUGCUUCUUUCUGGUGGAGAUGUGUUUACGGGGACGCUGUGGUAUCUAACCUAUCGUGGAAAUGCUUCAAGUAAAUUCAUGAAUGAACUUGGAUACGACGCCAUGGCUCUCGGGAAUCAUGAAUUUGAUGACGGUGUUGACAAUCUCGUUACCUUCCUAAAAGCGGUGAAUUUCUCCGUUGUGGUUUCAAACCUGAAUGUCUCCCAGGAGCCUAGCUGGCCUAAGUUGCCUCCGCUCUUUGUAAAGUCAAAGGUUUUUGAUGUCGGAGGCGAAAAAAUUGGAAUUGUAGGAUAUGUACUGCAGAAAACACCACAGGUCUCCAAACCUGGCCCAGGACUAAACGUGAAAUUUCUACCCGAGGUAGAAUCGCUCAAAAGUGCUGUACAGGAGCUCAAAAAGCAGAACAUCAAUAAGAUCAUUGCUGUGGGCCACUCUGGUAUUGAUAUGGACAAGAAGAUUGCAAAAGAAGUUGAUGGAGUCGAUAUAGUAGUUGGCGGACAUACAAACACCUUCCUUUACACAGGUACGGCACCCUCCACGGAAAAGCCGUACGGCCCAUAUCCUCUGGUCAUUACCCCUGACCGUGACCCUGAUGGCAAGGUGUUGGUUGUUCAAGACUAUAAGUAUGGUAAAUACCUGGGACGUUUAAACGUCCAAUUUGAUAGUGAAGGUAAACUUACUUCCUGGAAUGGGAAUCCCAUACUACUCGACAAUACGGUGGCCAAGGAUCCAGCAAUAGAGAGAGAGGUUCAACUGAUGAAAGCUAAAAUGACAGAAAUGGUAGACUUCAAAGCAGGCACAAGUUUCGUCUUCCUCAAUGCUGAAAAACCAGACUGUCUUUUGAAAGAAUGCAAUUUGGGAAACCUUGUCACGGAUGCCUUUGUGUUUCACUACACUAACUUGACUGCCAGUGGAACUCAUUGGACUGAAGCGAGUGUUGCAGUUCAGAAUAGUGGAAGCAUUACAGCGUCAAUGUUCGUCAAUGCUCAAGAAGCUGUCACUUACGGCUACAUCGUGAACAGUUUCCCGUACAGAAAUACUGUGGAUAUUGUAGAACUCACAGGCAAGGAUCUCAUCCUGGUUUUCGAACAAGUGGCUACACUGUACGACAAAAACGACCCCAGCAAUUCAUUUCUCCAAGUCUCAGGGCUCAAAGUAAAGUUCGACAUGAAAAAGCCUGAAGGUAGCCGAGUCGUGGAAAUCCAGGUCCGCUGCGCUUCCUGUAAAUUCCCUUCGUAUCAACCAAUAGCCCAGUCCACCGUUUACAAAGUGAUCCUCUCGUCCUACAUUGCCCGAGGUGGAGCGGGACUGACUGUCAUCAACGAGAAGAAACUUUCUCAUCAAGUUGGUAACACUACUGACGACAAGGUGGUUACAAAUUAUUUCAAGGCAAAAUCGCCCAUUAUGAUAGGAGUAGAGAACAGGAUCACUUUCAUGAACGACAAUGACAAGCCAUGUGAUAGUGGGGAUAACAUGUUCGGUUUGAGUUUUCCACUGCUACUUGGCGCCUUUACACUAUCAGUUUUUAGAGCAAUUUCCAAUUGCAUAGCUUUAUUCUGAUUAGCCCAGAAAACUUGCACCACUCUCUAACACCACUCACAAGUCUAUCGUCCGCGUUUUCCCGCGGUUGAGGCGGUUUCCAUGUCUUUACCUUGAGUUCUGAUUAGCUCUUGAGGGUAUUUUCCUUUCUUUUGAUUGGCCGUUGCAAUCAGUUGGUUUUGUUUUUAUGAUACUCACGGAAAAGCGUUCUAAAUGUGUUUUGUAAACUUUAACAGGGUCAGAA